AUGCCGAAGACCGCUGUCUUCACCACCAUUACGCCGUUGCCGGCGGGCAUCACAAGGAAGAGUGUGCUCGACAUGUACCGCGAUCAUCUAGCUAUGAUCGAUUUGAACCCGUUGGUGGUGGAACGGUUCAAGUGCAGGCCACCUAGCUAUGCGCCGACUGACGAGUACUGGUCGAUGUGGUACACUAUCAAAGAUAAGGUCUCAUAUCUACCGGGUGGCCUGGCGACAGGCUCUGUAUCAUACCACGCCUGCUUCAACGACACAGCGGAAGGUCUCAACACACACGUGUACGCACCACUUGGUCUCGAUAUUCAAGGAAAGUGGACGGUAGGAGGACGGCUGCCUGGCGAGCCAAAGCCUCCGGCCGAGCCUGGCCUAAAGACUCCAAGACACGGACUGUAUAUCCGGGAAGAUGUCAAGAUGACCUGUUCAUCGCUACUGUUGAGCUUCGUCAAGAGGACAUUCAAGGACUCGCACGGCAAGCUUGUGGACAAACUGGUCGAGAGAGCGCACAUCCUGGAGUCAAACUUUGCGAACGAGAGAUUGCAAGCACUUCGGAAUGUUGCGCCUGGCGAGCGAAUGGGACACGGUGACAUCUUCAUCGCACCACCACCAGACUACGACUACCAGCCUUCCCCCAGAUACCUGCAGGUCCCCUCCCCUCGCUUCGUAUCACAUACGCGAAGCCAAAGCGACCCGGUACUCUCUCCUGGCUUUUCUUCUUCCUCGACGCUCAAUGGUUCCAACGACAACUCGCCUAACCCAAAAGACCGCCCGAUGUCCUUCACCUUCGUACGCGAAGAGAGGGAUGUAGCUUCCUCCGCACCCGAGCAAGGCUCCUUCCUGCUACCAGCAACAACAUACGAUGGCGGCUUUGCGCAAGUGCGCGAGCGAUCGCAAUCUUUGUUCCCUGGUCACGCCCCGGACGAAGAUCUCGAGCGCAUCUACUCGGAGCGCAUGAUCUCUCUGGCACCACUGAGCCCGACCCAAUCCCCAAAAGACUGGACACCUGAAUACGCACCGAGGGUCUCAUACACACCCAACGAGCGACCCAUUUCCUUCACAUUUCCCUUCGACCCAAAGCAUCCCUUUGACCGCAAGUCGACAUCCGAGACGUCGCAAUCGGACCAACAAAACCUUCUCGACGACAUCGACGACGCGAUUGACGAAUUCAUGUACACUUUACCCGCAACCACGUACAAGACGCUACCAGCGACUACGUACGACCCCAAGCCGGCUGCUGAACCCACACUCUCCAGCGCAACAUACAACCCAGAGCCAACGCUUUCGAACGCUACCUACAAGCCUGAGCCGAUACUGUCGAGUACGACCUACGACCCAAGGCACGCACGGAAAGACUCCGUCAUGCCAGCGCAGUCCUACGCCGACGAACCACCGCCAGUGCCGCUCAAGGAUGACAAGUACAGGAAGGGUAGCAUCAGGGGAUAG